CACAUCAUCUUUGCCCAUAUCAUCUGUUCCUUCAUAAAUAAACACACCGCACUAAUAAAGAAGAUAAAGCUGCAGAAUACAGAUCUUGGCCGCUGCACAGACAGUCUAGUAUCAUCCCCCGCCAAGGCUGCUGUCGUUGCCUCCUCAGACAUUAGUAGAGCCAUAGAUAGUAGCGACGGAAACCAGUUGAUCUAUUUUGUAGGACGUGGCGCACUCCAAGCCUCGAGCAAUAACCUUCUCAGGAAGAAUUGCUUCCCCUGCCACCUCUGUGGACUGCUUAGUGUUGUGACACUGACACUGAGGAAAACAGGACACCAGUGGCAGUAAUAUGUCUCAAUCAGUGCAGCAGGUGGUGGGGGGCCAGAUGGUGCAAGUACAAGGACAGGUGGUCUCUGGCACUCAAGUGGUCAACAGUGCAGGCCAGGUGGUGAUGUCAACAACAGCAGGUCUGACGAGUCUGAAUGGACAGCAACUGGUGACACAAUUAGUACCAAGUCAAGGCAUGCAGGGUCAGGUGGUGCACCAAGCUGCCACUCCCAUUGGUGUCACAACUACCCUUGCAUCAGCUAUCUCUCAGGGACAGGUGGUAAGUGGACAAACUGUUCAACAAGUGGUGUCUGGGCAGCAGAUCCAGACAGUAGCUAGUGCUCAACAGACACAACAAGUAGUGGCAGCUCAGCCAAAUUUAGUGACAGUCCCAGCUGCCACUGCCACCACUCAAGUCAAACCUCCACCCAUCCAAAAUCAAGCUGUACCUGCUCCUCCAUCUUCCACUAAUGCCACUGCUGAUACCACUGCCCCUGUACUCAACAAACAGAGGAUCACUGAACUUGUACGGGAGGUGGACCCUACAGAACAGCUAGAGGAAGAAGUGGAAGAAAUGCUCCUCUCCAUUGCAGACGACUUCAUUGAAUCUACUGUUAAUGCUGCAUGUCGCCUUGCCAAGCACCGUGGGGCUCGAUCACUUGAUGUGAAAGAUGUCCAGAUGUAUCUUGAGCGGAACUGGCACAUGUGGUUGCCAGGAUUUGGCACUGAUGAGUUACGGCCUUACAAACGAGCACCCACCACAGAAGCUCACAAGCAACGGCUGGCACUCAUCAGAAAGGCCAUCAAAAAGUAUUGAGAGGCAGAUUGCAUCCCAUCUGACCAAACAAGCCUUUUUUGGCCUAUCACAGUUCCUAAACUGCAUGUGUGUGAUGCUCAGGGUCAUUUUGGCCUAGAUCCUAGGGUAUGAUGUCAGUAGAAAGAUCUGUGUUGAACUCAUUCAGAAAAUCUUAAAAGUAUUCCUUGUGAAAUUUUUAGUCUUCACUUUUCUUCACCACUUGAAAUAGCAAGAGAAAGAAUUAAUUUAUUGUAUCAUUAAGAAAUUAGUGUAAAGAUAACCAUUGCUGUGAGUAUUGAUUUCAUAUUAUCAAGUCUGAGUAAAUUUUAAAAAUUGAACAAAAUUUAUUUUUCAUAUGAUGUUUUCCUCAUGAAAUUGUAACUAACCGAGUAAUAAUGUCGACUCAACAAAUUUUAUUCCAUUUAGUAUGACAUGCUUCCAGUCAUUGAGACCUGUGAUGGAAGAUGGAAGGAUAGUUAUGGUAAUGAGCAAGUGUCAGCAUUUUUUACACACUGAAAGCAUGACACAAAAUAGGAAAACCAGUUGUCAUGAGAAGCAUGUCACAGCCCUGGUGUAACACAUAAUGGCUUCACCAAAAGCUGGUAUACCCUUCUGGAUCCCCUUUUAGGUUAAUCCCCUGGUGUGGUAUACAAAAUCUGAAGUCUCCCUUGAACCCUGCAGCUCACUUUGAUAGGUAAAUAUACUGAGAGCUACAUAAUGUAAAAAAAAAAAAAACAUAGGUUCUUUAGAUAGGUAUGUAGAUAUUGUAGUUAGCACUAUAUUAGACAGUUUUAUAUAUACCUAUAAAAAGGAAUUUUUAUGUGUUUUCUUAUUUGGCACUGAGGAAAGCAUGAAUAAAGUUAGAAUGUGAGAAGUCUUUGAUAGAAUUGUAGCUGCUGAUGUUCUUCUGCAAUGACAAGUGUACUGCCUUGUGAUGUGUUUCCAAAGAAGGAUAUAUCUGCCUUCUGGUGGGGAGUUGUGCACAGGUUAGUGCAAGUGUUACAGUGAAAAGAAUUAAAGGAAGUCUUUGUAAUAUAUAUAUAUGCAUAUAAAUUUAUUUUUUCCUUGUGAAA